UGGAGAGCCACUGCACUGUCUGGGGACAGGCCUGCAUCCUCAUCCCUGCACGGCCUGCCUCCCCUGGCCGCGGUGCGUGUGUCUGGCUCGACACUGUGUACAUAUGUCUCUGUGAACUGUGUCCUGUGCAUCCCAGAGUCUGUCCGCCAGAGUGACUUGCACAUGUCCCUGUGAUCUGAACCCAGAGUCAAGCCCCACUCAGCAAACCCCUCCAGAUCCGUGUGCAGCUGGAUUCAGCAGCUGGGGGCAGGAGAGAGGGCUGGAGCCCGUGGAUGGUGGACCCCAGGACCUCAGAUUUACAAGGGGGACGCCGCGGGCUCCAUCACUCUUGUGGGUGUGACACAGUGAAAGCUUCAGAACCUUGACUGCACCUGAGGCCGCCGUAGAAGGAGGGCUGAGAGGUGGACGUGGUCCCUGACUACCCCACGCUCGGGCUGUGUCCCAUUUGGGUGUAAUUUGCAAGGGGCUGGUGAGGAAGAAACGCCAAGUUGUGGUGCACCUGCGGGUGCUCCUCCUGCAGGGGUCUGAAACCAGGUCUGCUCUCUGAAAACCUCAGACAAGAAGGCGGCACUUCCCGAUCUCAGGUGCUCCGCCUCUGAACCAAGCCUCCCAGGAGAACGGGUGGGGUGGGGCAGCCAAGGAGAACAGGAAUCAGCUGAUGGGAGCCAAGCCCAGGAGGGAAGCCCAGAGAAGAGAAGUUACUUUUGGCUGUUGUCGCUGUUGUUAUGCUAGGAUGAGCCGGUGAGUGGGGGAACAUGUCCAGAAGGCACCCACCUGCUCACACGACUGUCGUCUUCCCAAACUUUUGGAAGGAAGGCCUUUGGAAUCAAAAUGGAUCAAGUGAAAUAGAAUACAGUGAAGAAGGAAAAAGGCUAGCCGCAUCUGUGUUGGAAGAAGCAGCCGAAGGCAAGGAUGGUUUGAUCCCAGCCAUGGGAAGAGGCACUGCCCUGUGCCUGUUGGGCUGCAAGAGCAAUCCUGCAAUUUCUAGUGAGAAUAACCUGCGGACAGAACUAAAACGACUGCAAUUUAAGCCACAGAAGGAAUCAUGGGAAGAAGGACUCCAACAGAGGUGCUGAAAGUUCUCAGGAGGACAAGUCCAAGGAUGGAGAAGGACACGACACUCAGCAGAGAAGGAGCACCCAGCCACCAGCCAGAUAGGGAGGGAUGUUCAAACUGAACCAAAGCGUUAGGGGGCUCUAAGCAAACAUACGCCCAGGACAGCUGAGAAGUGACCAUUUUCUUUCGACGUCUAAACCCAAAGCACCGCCACACCAGCCCCCAUGACCUUCCCACGUCUGGUGACCCAAAGCGAAUGUCUGAUGUCUCUAAUUGAAAAAUGCAGGCAUCUGAGCGCUCCAGGCAGCAAUGGCCAUGUGGAAACACACAGUGUGUGACCAUGAAAAGCACAUCUGCUGUCUCUGAGGCCAAAGAAACACAGAGAAGCCUUGCUUUGCUAACUGAGCAACAGAAGUUUGGAGGGCACGCAAGGGUCUCUGGGAAGCUGGUCCACAGCACAGCGUCCACCCUGUCCCUGAUGCAGGAGUGUGGGCCCCCUGCCCGCCUGCCCCAUGCUUCUGUCUCGGCUCCUUCACCCAGACAACAGGAUGCACAUGGCAGUGGCUUUGAAGUCAGACUCAUUCCCAAACCAACCACUCCCCAGCAGUGGACACUGACAAAGUACUUGAUGCUCUGAGUCUUAAUUUCUUCAUCUGUGGAAUGGGGGUGAUAGCAGCUCACCAGUGGUCUUCGUUGGGUACCACUAGGCAGUUAGACCCUGAGACGCCAGGAUGCUGGCAGGAGAGGAGCAGCCAGCAUCCAACACACCUUUGUGGGAGUCGUCCUCAAGGGAGACCAUACAGCCCACAGGGGACCAGGGACCUUUCUCUUUGGCCCCCAGGAGAUAGUUCAGGUGUGAGGGAGGGAUGCUCACACAGGAGGCACAGGACCUGCUCAGCUUAGAAGCUCCAACUCCCCAAAGAGAGCCAGCAAGUCUUGUGACAGUUCCAGGUAUGGCUUCCAAGGUUCCUGCCCUGGACAAGCCCAGUCACAAAAGCCACUGUACUCAGGGGGCCUCAGAGCUCUGGCGCCCACCAGGCUAUUUUCCUGCCCAAUCUGAAGGCACGGCCGCCACCUCGAAACCUCCAGAAAGUCAAUGUUGCAAAUUCGCUGCAUUUGAUUAAGUCUUGGCUGGUGAACUCCUUACAGGAUGGAGCCAGCCGCCAAAGGACGGACUGAAAAAAGCUUCAGCUACGUUGUCAGAGCCCCCGGCGGCGGCGGCGGCGAUGGGUUUGAUGUCGUGAACGUGGAUGUGAAGAUGGACACAGCCUGGAUCUUCCAGGAUGCAGAGGAUGACGGGGAGGAGCCGGGACGUCUUCCAGAGGAAGCGGCCCGAAGCCCAGGGGUGGACGCGAGGACACGCGGGAAGCAGCUGGAAUCCUCGGAGCAGACGCUGCUGGCAGCUGUGGACAAAUACGUGAUGUCGGAGUCCGGGCCGAGGAGCAGGAUUCAGGAGCUGGAGCUGUCGGAGAGAAAACUCCUUCAGAAAGUUGACCAGCUGAGCACCCGCGUGUUCCAGGAGAGAAGUGCCUCUCUCUGGGCCCAGGAGAAGCUGGAGGCAUUGCAGGUGGAGCUCGCCAGCCAGGAUGGCCCGGGCCACGCUCAGGAUGAGUUGCAGCCUCUGCCCAGGGAGCAGGCGCUGGAGGCCUGUGGAAGCCAAGGCUCCGACAGGGCGCCUGGACCAUCGGGCUCAGCAGGCCAGCCCUCCGAGGGAUCCUGCACCUGCGUUUUGAUGUCAGGCCCAGGGACCCCCGCGGACACGCUCCCAGGAGACCUCGCAGGAUCUGACCAUGCGCAGGUCACUCCCGAGCCCAGCUUGGGUGAGGAGAUUCUUCCCAUCUGGGACUGUCCCCUGGGGCAGUGCGUGGACGGCGCCCUCCUUCCUGUGGAGCUGGCCUGGAUUUCAGAGCAGAAGCCGGCAGCCACCCCAGCCCGGGAGUCCUUUGUUCUGGUGCAGACGUCCAUACCCCCUCCCUGGGGGCGGCCUGGGGACCCAGCUCUCCUGCCGCUGCCGCUGCUGCCCCUGGAAGCUUCCCCGGAAGACCUGCAAGCCCAGCAGAUGCUGAAGGUCACACCCCCACCGGCUCCCUCGGCCACAGCGCCCGCCGGCCGGGGUCACCGAGCAAGGAGUCCUGAUGCCCGCCUCUGCCAGGAGUCCCCACAUGCUGCAGGUCACCGAGUUCCCAGGAUGGGGCCCGAGGAUCUAAAAGAGUUGUGGAAGGAAGGAGGAGCCCCCGCCUGGAGACUGGAGAUGCGGGCAAAGAGGACAUGGGGCCGGAAGGAGGGAGCCCUCGGUGACAGGGGCCAGCCGAGCCAGGAAAGCGAUGGGAGCCUGAGCCUGAGCCUGGAGGCUGGUGUCAGGGCCACAGAGGGCACGCUGAGUGAGACCGGGGCUUCUCGACCCCAGGCUGCAGCCCCCUGCCCUUGGUCCAAGCGGGAGCUUCCUCUGCCUCUUCUGCAGGGGGAGGCCUCGGUGCCCACAGAGGGUCCCGAAUCCUCGGGGAGGAAGGGGCGAGGAGGAGGAGGAGGAGGAGGAGGAGGAGGCAGGGGAGGCGGUCUUUCACCACCAUCAUCAGAGGCGGUCCCUGCAGCCACCUUCUCCAGGGCUCAGAGCGCCAGUGGGCCACCUCUCAUGGGCACUCAGCAGGGCAGAGCCAGCCGGAGGGUUCAGGGCCAGGAGGAAAUCUGCGUGUGGUCUGGGAAUGCUCAGUUUCUGCCAGAGGAAAGCCCUGGAGAGCAAGGACAGGAGGAGGAGGAAGAGCCAGUGAUGCAUCUGGAAGGGUCCAGCCCCGCCCCCAGCCAUGUCCACCGAGAGCCUGGCUCUGAGGACAGCAGGGGCAAGGAAACGCUUUUCUUCCUGGAGGAGGGGGGUCCGCCACCAUCUCCUGGAUUGGCUUUAUCGCCCCAGGGGACAGAACCCACCAGUCAGCCUUGGCCUCCAAGCAAAGGACAUGAGGGCUCUGCACUCACAAUAGAGGAAUUUGAAAAGGAGAUGGAGGCUUGUUUCCAGCAACUCUCCAUCCUCAAGCUUGGCAGUGGGGGACGUGGAUGGGCAGCUUCCUUGCUGGCAGGAGAGGCUUGGAGUUUUGCUCCGAGAUGGCACAGUGGCCGGGAAGACGAGCAUCCUCAGCAGGCUUUGGCCAACCAGGGUUUGCAUUGCUGUUUUCCCGAAGAAGCAAAGCCCGAGAUGCGUGGUGAUGAUGCUAAGCCAGGAGGGACGGAGGCCCUGGGAACCGAAAGUCUUCCCAGGCUGGGGCUGGAUGGGGUGGGCCUGAGCCCGAGCCCUCCCGAGGGGUCCUCCCGGCGGGGUUGGAAUGGGCUGGCUCAGCAUCCGAGCGCCCUCAGGAGAGCAAGGGGAAGGCUCCGUCGGCUCAUGUCUGGAUUGAAGAAAGAGAGAAGCCAAGUUUUCCAGGACAACGCCAAGCUUCGGGCAGAGCGGGAGAGAUGCUGCCGAAGACUGCGUGCCCUCGAAAAAGAGAGGGAGAGACAUGAGAGCAAAAUAGCCACGCUCGACCAGCAGAACGGCGCGCUGCUCGGAGCCAUCUCGGACUUAAAGGGGGAGCGGGACCGGUACGCGCAGGUCAUCGCGGACCUCGAGGACUGCAACGGGAAGAGCUACCGCAGAAUGUCCGAGCUCGAGGAGGAAAACGACCGAUUGAGAGGAGACUUGGGACGGCUCGGCAAAGCUGGGUCUGCGAGCAUCAGAAAAUCCAGAGGCGCGACGGAGCCCGUCACCCCGGAAAAUGGGGAGCUCGGUGCGCUGAUUUCGGAGCUCGGGAUCCGUUACAAAGAGCUGAUAAAGGAUGCAGCGCGGGGCAUCGAAGACAUGAUCCAGACCUUCCGAGGGGAGAGUGAAGCCCUUCUACGCAGGAUCCGAGUCCUGGAGCGGGAGGUGGCGGCGGGCAGCAGCCCAGAGGGGGUGCGUUUGCUGAGAGCCGGGGGACAUAGCCAGGAAAAAAGCACAAUGGCCGUGGACAGGGUGAACACUGUAGAAAGAGGGGUGCAGGUGACCCAGCUUUCAGGACAACUGACUGCAAGCGUCCCCGGGCCACCCUCAGAGCAGGAAAUGCUUCUGGCUGGAGAGUGGACGGAACCUCAUUUAAGCCUGCAAAAUUCCAGACAGGCUGCAGAUGCUACUGCUCCAUCUCUGGUCUGGGGAAAUGCUGCCAGAUCCAGUGCCCUGCAGGGAAGCUCCGAUAGGGCAGGAGUGAAAGAAGCGCCUAAAAGACCGUUGUGUCUUGCAGACCAAGGACAAGCUCCGAGGUCCCCACACAGUGGCUCCCAGCAUCGGGACCCAGAGGCCGAGGCUUCGGAGGAGGACCUCGGGCUGCGCGUCAGGCAGCUGUGUCACCAGGUGCGGACCCUGCAGUGCCAGCUCCGAGACCAGAGCUCUGCACACCGGGCCCUGCAGGCCUCUUUCGAGGAGGCCACCCGUCUGCAGGGAGAACUCCAGGGCAAGGCCAAGCUGGCUUCCCUGGUCCAGAAGUGCCAGGAGAGGAACCACCUGAUCACCCGCCUGCUGGAGGAGCUGCACAGACACGGGGCGGGGAACCGCCUGCUCUCUGAGGUGGCACACAGCAUGGUGACCGACGUGGCACUGGCUGAGUAUGUGGCCACCUUCCUGGCUCCGGGGGACCCAGAGACAAGCCGCCACCUGGACCUGGACGUCGAGUCUGAGCAGACAGCAGAUGAAAAGGCUCAGAAAUACCUCCUGAAUCCCGAGCUGGACAGUGUCCUUCAAAGACCAUUGCAUUCAGAGUCCUGGCCUAUUCCCGAGGCUGAGUGGCCACAGACAGCACAACUGGAUUCUUUGAAGCUUCCCUGGCCCUCGGGGCCGAUGCCCGAUCCUGGAAUGGGCCAGGCUUCUGUCGCCGUCGAACCAGGGCUCCCCGUGCAAUGGCUGCAAGAACAAGGUGGAAGGUCCCGUCCUGUCCUCCAAGCCGCCCCCCUGCCGCCGUGCCCCGUGCUCCGGAGCCCCGCGAGGAUCCUGGCUUUGCACCAAGAGCUUAGACAAAGCGUCUGCAGCAGCGCCCAGGUCCAUCAAUCACUGCUGGAGUUAUAAAUGGAGAAGGACCGCUCACUCUCUGGGGCCAUUUCAAAGAUGCCAUAAAUAUUUGAAGCAGGACUUCCGGAGAGCGUUUUAAGAAAUUGGUUGCAAUCAAAACCCUCAUUCGUGGCAAGUGCUUUGCCUGUGGCUUGGGGAUCUGUGUUGGCUGUCAGAGCUCUGGAGGACUGCACUUGCCAGCGCUCAGGAGUCCAGCCGGCUUUGCAAAUGUCCAGGCAGCAAAGGGACUAUUUGCUGUACCCAAACCUACCGAGUGACCGGCCCAGUGGCUCCCAAGUGGGCGCGAUCCCCCCCACCCCCCAGUGACUCCAGGGCAAAAUUUGGCAGCAUCUGGAGACGUGUUUUUUGUCAUCACAACUGGGAAGCUACGGCUGGCAUCUAGUGGGUGGAGCCCAGGGACAUCCCACAGGGCACAGGACGGCUUUUCCUGGAACAAAGAAUUGUCUGGCCCCGGUGUCUUCAGUGCCAGGGCUGGAACAACGUAAAAGCUCCUAACACCACCCCAGGGCCCCUCCCCAGGUUUUCAGAGAUCUUUGUCUGCCUAUUGAGACACUUGAUUUAAGUAAUCAUAUCUUUUACAUUUUAAAACAGUAAAGCCAAGCAGAAUUUUCUGAUAAAUCCCUUCAUUCGGCAGACCUUUAUGGACCUCCAGUAUAAGCCAGGCAAUGUGGGAGUUCCCGUUGUAGCUCAGCAGCUUAAGGA